UCCGUGAGUGAGAUAUCACAAACGCAGCUUUGUAAACCAAAAGCACAGUUGACUCUGAAGAGAAAUGACGAUGGCUAGAUACGUAACAAUGAUGGCGUUGCUCUACAGUGUUGGGAUCCUUUUUCAAGGGUGUGAUUCAGAUGUGAAAUGCAGGGAUGACAACGGAAAUGAGGUGGACUGGUAUAUUUUAUACAAAUUGCCCAAUGUGAAUGGUUACGGUUUGUCGUAUCUGUACAUGGAUGAGAGCACCAACGGAUGGAAAGUCAGCACGAAAGCAAUCAACAGUGACUCUGGUACUCUGGCAAACACCCUGAAACCUCUUCUUGACUUCUACAAGAGAAAGACUGAAGAUCAUGGAUACAUGCUCUAUAAUGAUCAACCUCCAGAUCUAUAUGUUAGACCUUCUGCAUCAUUUGGCCACAGUAAAGGAGUUGUGAUGUUGGACAAACAAACAGGAGUUUGGCUCUCACACAGUACACCAAAAUUUCCAAAAUAUCGCACCAACGACUUCUGGCCAGACAGUGGAAGUGUUAAUGCUCAAACUUUUAUGUGUGUGACUUACUCCUAUGACGAAUUCAAAGAAAUAGGAUUGCAGCUCAAAUACAUCCAUGCUUAUUCAUAUGACUAUGACAUCCCGAAGACCUUCCACGAUGACCUGCGAUGUGUUGCACAGCGAAGCUGCUACCCAAAAGAGAAACCCUGGUUUCGUGUGAAGAUGCUGACUUCAAUGAAUGGACGUAAAUUCUCCAGCUUUGCUAAAUACACACGUUUUGGGGAUGAUCUUUACUCUGGCCUUAUUGUGAACUAUUUCGAGCAGAAUCUGUAUGUCAAGAGCUGGGGAAAGAUGCGUGGCCCUCUGUCUUCUAACUGCAGCUCCAGCAUCCCUCAUCAUGUGUACAACGUGAUAGAAGUAAAGUUCCUGAAGAAUGAGUCCUUUAGUGAUACUGUAGAUCACUCCAAGUGGUGUGUGACUCCUGAUGGUGGCUGGACCUGCAUAGCUGAUAUGAACAGGGAAAAGAGUCAGAUGAAAAGAGGUGGAGGAGCAAUAUGCACUGAAAACCUUGCAGUUGUGAAGGCUUUCAGUUCCAUAAUCGAAUCGUAUGAAACAUGUGAACUUGCAUCAUCACAUUCUGAUGCUCAAGACAGAGAGUUUUAAAGACAUGACCCUUUAAGGCAAUGUAAAGAAAAGUGUAUCUGCACUACCAAAAACAAACAGACAAGACGGGGCAGCCUGAUAUCCCUUGACAUUAACUGCACCAUUAUAUAUCUAGACUUAAACUUGUUGCAAGCUUGACAUUUUAGAAGUUUAACACACCAUGUUUGGUGUAACUGCAUUUUUUUUCAUUUUUAAGAUCAUGCCUUAAGCAUUAACUUCCAUACCAUCAGGAUACUAUGACUGCAGACGAAAUACAUUGAAAUUAAUGAUGAUAUUAAAUGACAUUGAAUUACAAAUGUUAUGUUGCUGCCGUUUUGUUUUUGUUUUUUUCCUUUUAAUGGGUGAUUAGCCUGUCAGCCAUGGACGGAUUAAACUGUUGGCCCCUGAGCAAAAGAUUAGUUGCUGGGCCCCUAUAAACUAUAAGGUCUCUCUCAAUGCUGGGAUACUAUCUGGCUCCACAGUAACACAUACAUUUGGGAAUAUGAAGCACAAAACUACAAUAAUUAAAGUCUCUCAACUAGAUUUUGACACAAGGACCCUCUUCAAGAAAGAGACUCAAGGUCAGAUAUUAAAGCAGGACCCAGCAUCAGGCCCUUAUCAUGUCAGUUGAUAUAGGCGUCAGUGUUUAUUCCUGAACAGUGUGUCCGCUAAAUAAAAUAAGCUGAGUCACAGCAACCCUGGAGCUUUUGUUCUCACAAAAUUAACAACACUCAAAGAAGUCAGCAGAAAUACUAAACCCAAACUAGGAACUUGAAUUUGUAGUUUUCUUUUGAUUUUGGAUGCUUCAUUUCAAAUGGAAACAGUAAUUCAGAUACAAUAGCAGACAACAACACUUCAGUUAAAGGAUAUAUUCACAAUGUUUCCAUUUCUUGCAGAUGUGGAAUUUAUAUCGAAGCUGUAGGCUUGAUGCUGCAAGAAGAACAGUAACUCCUGUACAUUAUGUCAUUUUCAACUGUUUUCUACUGCAAAAAGGGUGAAAAUACAAGUACAAAUUAUUGAGCCUAAAAUUUGUACUUUUCUAAAUGUAAUUUGUUAUUUUCCUGCUCUGUAAAGAAGUUAUUGUUAUUUGUUAUUUUUAUUAUUGUUUUCAUGCUUUAUUGGCACAUUGUGAAAAUCGAGCAAAGAUAUUUGUUAAGAGGAGCACUUUUACAAAAAGGCUGAUGAUUUGACUUGUUAAUAAAUACACUGGUUGUGUUGCAUUAUGAUGUUGAUCAUCAAGGAAGUGGCUUUUUAAAAAUGUUGAACUAUCUUUGCCCAGUGAUACCACACCUUCCUGUUCACACCACCACCACGCCUCACCAUACUUUUAAAAUUCUGGGUCCUAAUCGCGUGACCAUUAUUAUAUACCAAUAUUAUAGUCAACAAUUUAAAAUGUCCUAAAUAAAUCCUUUCAGAGACAUUCUGUUGUGUAAC